UUCAAUCUCAAACCCUACGUUACCAUUUCUCUCUCUCUCUCUCUCUCUCUACACUCAGUGCUCUGUCACUUCUUCUUCUUCUUCUUCUUCUUCUUCUUCUUCUCCAUCAAAUUCUUGCGCUUCUCUCGAAAUUCACGUCCUCGUUCUCUCUUUUUGAAGCCAUGGAAGUUGCAAUGGAAGUUGUCUCAGAAUUAUGCACUCCGGUUGUUCCUAGUCAUGAUUCGAGGUCUCUGCCUUUAAUUGCCGGUUCAGAUAUGGCUUUGGGAGAAUCUUUUGAGUGUGAUGAUAAGAUGGGGAACGAAGUAUCCAGUGAAGCCGAAUUAGCAUCACCAGAGGGAGCGCAUACUCUUCCAAUCCUGCAAAAAGUAAUUGACUUGAGCAACAAAAUUAAGAAUUUGAAGAAUCAGCAUAUGCUCCUAACUGAACGAUUCAAGCUGGACUCUGAUGCUUUUCCAGGCCCUGAAGUUGUGAAAACUCUUCACCUUCUAGGUACAGAACAUGAACUUUUGAAGAAGAAAUACCUUGAAGAGUCCUCUGAGCGAAAGAGACUUUACAAUGAAGUGAUUGAAUUGAAAGGGAAUAUUAGAGUUUUCUGCCGAUGUAGACCAUUAAAUGAAAGCGAAUUGGAAAGUGGAUCUACCUCUGUAAUUGAAUUUGAUUCGUCUCAGGAAAACGAGAUUCAAGUUCUUUCUUCUGAUUCUUCUAAAAAACAGUUUAAGUUUGAUCAUGUGUUCAAGAUUGAGGACGGCCAAGGAGCUGUCUUCAGUCAAGCUAAACCUGUCGUAGCUUCAGUGAUGGAUGGCUACAAUGUCUGCAUAUUUGCUUACGGACAAACUGGAACAGGGAAGACAUUUACUAUGGAGGGAACGCCGGAAAACAGAGGAGUCAACUACCGAACUCUAAAGGAGCUGUUUAAGAUUUCAGAAGAGAGAGAUGGUGUUAUGAAAUAUGAAUUGUAUGUCAGCAUGUUGGAGGUUUACAAUGAGAAAAUCAGGGAUCUCUUGGCAGACAACUCCAACCCAAAUCUGAAGAAGUUGGAGAUCAAGCAAGCAGCAGAAGGAACACAGGAAGUCCCUGGAUUGAUUGAAGCUCAAGUGUAUGGAACUGAAGAAGUGUGGGAAAUACUUAAAUCUGGAAAUCGGGCAAGAUCUGUUGGGUCCACCAGUGCUAAUGAGCUCAGCAGCCGCUCCCACUGCUUGUUGCGAGUCACUGUCAAGGGAGAGAAUCUUAUUAAUGGACAGAGGACAAAGAGUCAUCUUUGGUUAGUGGACUUGGCUGGUAGCGAGCGUGUGGGGAGGAUUGAUGUUGAUGGUGAAAGAUUAAAGGAAUCUCAGUUCAUCAAUAAAUCACUUUCGGCUCUCGGUGAUGUUAUAUCUGCCCUGGCUUCUAAAACAGCUCACAUUCCUUACAGAAACUCAAAACUCACUCAUUUGCUGCAAAGCUCCCUAGGAGGAGAUUGCAAAACCCUGAUGUUUGUACAGAUUAGUCCAAGUGCAGCCGAUGUUGGAGAGACACUCUGCUCGCUGAAUUUUGCAAGCCGUGUUAGGGGGAUCGAGAAUGCCCCAGCUCGCAAACAGACCGAUCUCACAGACCUGUUCAAGUUCAAGCAAAUGGCAGAAAAGUCCAAGCAUGAUGAGAAGGAAAUGAAGAAGUUACAAGACAGUGUGCAAUCUUUGCAAUUAAGACUCACGGCUAGGGAACAUAUUUGCAGGACUCUUCAAGAGAAGGUUCGCGAUCUCGAGAGCCACCUCGCAGAUGAGAGGAAAGCCAGACUAAAACAAGAAAGUAGAGCUCUUGCUACUGUCGUUGGUGCCUCUCAGCCCUCAGCAAUGCUCUCUCUUCCAAAGUUGGCAGCUCCUAAAACCAUUACAGAAAAGAAACCACCAUUAGGUCCUUCAAAGCUAAGGCUUCCCCUAAGAAAGAUAACCAAUUUCAUACCGCCAACGUCGUCUCCCUUGCCAUCCAAAAAACGGCGUGUCUCUUCAUUCAUAAACACUGCUCAUCCAACAGAAGGCAAAGAAAAUGUCCCCAAAAUGAUGACAACAGCAGCAGCAGCAAACACAAGAAGCCUUCUUAUACCAAGACGAAAUUCGCUUGCUGUUAGGUCAACUCCAAUGAUGACAACGACAACGACAACGACUAUGACACAGGUUUUUCAACCGAAAAGACGGGUCUCAAUUGCUACACUUCGUCCUCGUCCCGAGUUGCACUCUCACAUGGCAACCCCACUCCAGACCUCUGCCUCAAAAUUAAGAAAUGGAAGUGCUGCAUUGGGGCCACAAUUAUUUGCAACAAGGAAAGCAAGAUACUCAAAGUUGUUCUCUCCAUUACCGGAAUUCCAAACAGCAGUAGAGGCAGCAACACCUAUUGCUGCCAUGAGGAGCAGUAGCAAGUUCAUGGGGAGCCCUCCAACACAACAAGGUGGUGGUGGUGGUUCAAGAAAUGGCAAAGUUAUUGCAUUACAAAGAAAACCAAUUGUGUGGAGUCCUCUCAAAUUGAGAGGACUGAAAAAUUUCAGGAGGCCAUCUUUAAUACCAUCUCGAUCGUCCUCGACCGAGUUCCAAUGAUGACAUCAUCUUCAACCUUCUGUACACAAGAUACAAGGCUCAAAACUUGCAGGAGGAGGCCAUCGUUAAUACCGUCUCGAUCCUCCACUGUGUUUCAAUGAUAGACAUCAUCUUCAACCUUUGUACAACAGUGUGUUUCUCUAACCUCUGCACUCACUACAACAUGUUCUCUGUGUAUUUGUCUUUUUGAUUCAUAGAAUUGUUCUUUUCUUGGAGAUGUUACUUACAGCUAAAUUGUAUGCUUCUGGCUUACCAAAUGAGGUCUAGAAAACAAACCAAGUUAACAUA